AUGCGACGACUGUCGUUGACGGCAAUGCCAUCACGCCGACAUAAAUCGCGUGCAAGUCUUAAUUCAACAGCUGAUAAAUCUGCAAACAAUCUUCGCUCAACAUUUGGUAACUUUGGCAUGUAUUCGUCAUCCGUGGCCACGUCAGCGUCUUCGGAGUCGCUCACAUCGUUAUCGACCGCUUCCAGCUCAUAUGGCGGUCUUAUGGAAGAUUUUGACGACAAAGGGGGGGAAUAUGAGGAUGAACAGUGCUACGAACAAGGAUGGGUGUAUUGGAAGCAGCGUGACGAUUGCUGGCUUAAAAUAUUGCAGUUGCAGGCGCUCACACAACAGACAUUGGCGGUUUUGUCGCCUGUGGUCCCGCUGGCGAAAGCAUGGAGCUUUUUGCCUAUGAACGCAAGCGUACACAGCAAUGGAUAG